GGCGCAGAAACCAGUAUGGUGGGCAAGCUCGGAAAGCGCUCAGUGCUCUGCAGUUGGAAUUUGCAGAGCUGACUUUCAAAUUCGAGAGACUCUCAUGAACCAAUCCUCAUUGCAAGGGCGCUUGCGUUUCUGCUCUCUUUGUUAGGGCUGUUGCUGAGGUGCUUGAUGCUCUUUGGAGGGCAAUCCUGGCAGAGAGACACGACAAGGUAAUUAGAUCCGCAAAGUGGUACAGGGGAAAAGCGAAACAAUGAGAAGCGAUGAUCCAUUUGAGCGGCUUCCUGACAGCCUGAUACUCGAGCAGAUACUCUCAAAGAUUCCUGAUGUAAGGAGCCUCCAGCGGGUUGCUGCAUCUUGCCGGCGAUUCAGGACGUUGGUUACACAAGUUGACACAAUAGAAUUCGAGUUUCCCAGCCUGAAACUGCUCAAUUGGCCGUGCACGGACCUGGCUACUGCACAGAUGCUGGCCAGGACGGCCAAGGGGUGUCUCAAGAUUUUGAAAGUUGUUCCUCCGACUUCAAGGAUGCCACAAAGAUCUAGCUCUUGAUCUUGGCAGUAAGGUUGAUCUGCGAAGCUUGAUCGUGCGACAAAAUCCUUGGCCCCCAGACGGCACGUCGCCUGUGGAGAGAUUACCGGUUGGAAAGUUUUUGACGAUAUUGAAGCUAACAAAACCUGCAAGACUGAGGGUGCUAGUGAUCCCUUUUGUUGACUACGAUGAACAGAUAACUCGGGACGAGGCCAUUCAGUUUGUUGAGCACAUCACAGGGCUUGAGAGCCUCUACAUUUCUGCCAGCUUUUUGGCAGCUUGCGGACUGAGUUCUCCACCAG